AUGAGUUCACCGGACGAAGUACCCUACUUUUGCAUGGCGGAUACAAGGUGUCGUCUUUGCCAAUUCGACUUGCAAGAAGACGACUUGGUCAUCGCACACAUCAGGGGUCAACGAUUUUCAAUGGUGUUUAACCUCCGUAUGGCCGACACUAUACACGAUAGUUUUGAAUGGGUCAAUUUGCACACCUGUGCUAACCYUCAUUGCAUGGCAGAGGGUCGCCGCGUACCUUUCUUCCACAACGACUGUUUUUGCUUCAGGCUCUACGACAUUUCGGACGCGCUGGUCGCUGCUGGAAAUUACACUUUCGACCCUCCUGCAUACGAGAAGAACAGGCGUUCCCAUCGUAUCAAGCGUCUUCUAGCUCCAAAAUUAAGGGAUGAACUUCAAAUCAGACUUCCGGCUGAGACAUUAAUGGCCAUAGCUGGACUUCUCGUUCGUGAAUGUGCCGCCAUCACGGCAGAAGAACAGUCCCUAGGUACCAAUGUCUCUGAUGAUAUCGUCGACCUUACACAGAAUGUGUACGUUAGCUACACUACCGUUGAUGGCGUACGUUAUGUGAAGAAUCUUGGCAACACGGUGUCCAAGCUUUGCAACCAAGAACGCCCUGUGUUGCUCAGCAAGCAGGGAGAACUUGUCAGCAAGAUAUGGAUCGCCGAAGAUUAUCGUGGGAUCCGUUCUGUAAAAUUUUGUUCCACAGAUGCCUCAUUAGCAGGACCUACACCAAUCGCGAAAUCAUGGUGGAGAGCCAUCCGUGUUCCGCGCGAUGAAAAGAUCACCACCAAAUCUGACGGUCUCAAGCUGAGAGACAUUCUUGCAUGUGAUAAGACGGUAUCAAAUGAUACUAGAAAUUAUGUCGUUUGGGCGAAACCUGAGCAUCCAAACGAUGUCAUCGAUAUUACAACGUUUGAUCAAGUCAAUAGCUUUCCUGAGAGGCUUCGGAUGACGUUCUUUAAUUGCAAUGCCGAGGGUACAACCGGAUACACGGCAGUGACUGGUGGAAGCUCUGUUGCAAUGGUUCAUGCUCACGAGAACGAUAACAUUGACUUUUAUGCAGAUAUGGACUCUACUUGUCCGCGUGGCUUCUUCAUAUAUAUGCCACUUGACGAUGGAGAAUUUGUGACCGAGAUAUGUCGAAGAUAUGCAGUAGCAGCAGGAAAUUGGAUCUCAACCUGCCUUGUGUUCAUUACGAACAAAGGAUUCUAA